UUCCGCAAACGGAAACAUUCUCACACUUUCGUAUUCCCUCAGUUGGUCUUUGUUGAAGCCCAGUAAUGCCAGCAUUGCCUCCAUGGCAUCUAUCUCCCCUUCUCUCUAUCCGGCCCAACUCGACGUUUAUUUCCACAGGUAUAUUAUUUACUUACACUAUCGUCCAAGUCGACCCGAGCUCUCCCAUGACCCAUCUCUGGCCGACAAUUGAUCUAUUGAGAAAACAUGAGCGCACCCGUAGCUGCCCUUGGGGAGCCUGCCCAGCAGUCCGAGGCCAAGGCCAGGUCAGGGUCCGAGUCGUCUGAAUUGUCGUGGUCGACCACGGACAGCGAGACAGACACUGACGUGGCCGACUGGAAGCAAGUCCCCUUCAGCUUCCUGCUCACCGAUAAUUUGAUAUUGGCGCUGAGGGCGCAGAAGAAGCUCACCCUGCCCAAAGAACUGCCUCCGCUGAGCCCUCGCGCUCCCUCGAAACUGAGCCUCUGGGGACAUUUCAAAUUCGUUGAGUACAUCCCGCCUUGGACACACCCGGACUGGAAAGAUGACUCCAUUAAGGGGAAAGACGGAGUGGCGGAGAAGAGACUCGAUACCGAUUACGGGGUGAGACGUCGACCUGCCCUGCUUCCGAAGGACGACCUGAAGAAUCCCAGCCCUUACGCUCGGCGUUGGGGCAUAUACCCUGGUCGGAAUGAUGGUCGGUCGAGGUUAUCUCCGACGGGUUCCACGACCAGACGCAUCGGAUUGCCGGAACCACUGGGGACGGAGGACAACCAACUGAAGUACUUUCUAACUGGGGAAGACUUGGCGAGGGAACUCGAGACGGAGGCCAGCAAGUUCGGAGUGCCAGUGAUGGAAUAUCUGGCCGCCCUAAGAUCAACCCCGAUGCCGGCUGAGGACGGGUCUGCCCUGGGUGAGCUGUACAGCAUGACCGAGGACGACAAGGACUUGCAGCGGAUAACUUUCUAUGACAUGACAACCGAUGAGAAAGUUGCCUAUGGGAUCCAUACUGUCGAAGAGCUUGACUUUGUGCAGUUCGAUAUUGCUGGACCCCUGCAUAGUCUCGUGUCGAGGCAGAGGUGGAUGUCUACUGUCGACCGUGGCAGCACGAAGACCGAGCCUAGGUACCUCUACAAUUUAUUCGGUCGGCGAGGAGAGUACAGUGCCGACGAUGAGCUUAUCUGGAUGGCUCUCCAGCCGGCUCUGCAGAUCGUCACCCAUGUCCUAAACACAAACCAUCCGUUCUGGAUUACCGUCAUGGACGUGUUCCAGAGGGAGAAAAUCAGCCACAGACGGAACCCGUUCGGCUCCUCAGGCCCGAAGCUGGUUUCUGUUUGGGAGUAUCUCAAAAAGCCCGCGAUGCCGGCUGAGGGCCAGACGUUGCAAGACGCCGGUUUCGACCUCAGCCGGGCGGCGGCGGAAUAUAUGAUGGAGCGCGUCGAAAUAACCAUUGGCAGCGCGUAUCGGACCACCGGCAGCGGAGCCGUAGAUCAGAUUUGGGGCGCUACCACCAUGAUGAACGACACCGAUGCGGCGAUGAGGACGAUUUUAAUUGAGAUUUGCGCCGAAUCGAUUUGGCCCUUGCUUGUUCCCACCUUCACUCAGGCCGAGAAAGCGGCCAUUUCUUUCACGGUGGCAUCGACACUUCUCCAUGAGCUUGCUCACGCGACCCACAUGGCAAUCAGGUGUUUGGUCGUGGAUCCAUUGAAUGAGUACAGGGACGUUGCCCAGUUGGAAGACCUGGACAUGCAAGUUCUGGCGGCCCUUGACAACGUGGGCAGGGAACUCCUGGGCGAUGUUACGGCGGAGCCGUACUGGGAGGACGAACCACGGGAUGAACUUGGAUAUGCUUUUGAGAAUCAGCUAUGGGGCGGCGUGAUUGUGAACCUCACCGAGCGAACCAACAGAAGUUUCGAGUUCAUUAAUCUCGAGGUUGGGCUCGAGACAUGGCCUGGCGCCCGGGCGGACCCGCACAGUCUAGGGGGGAGAGUUCUCGUCAAGCCGCCAUUGCCCGUGGACUCGAUGGUCACUCCUCUACCCGUACAAUCUUGGUCGAAACUGUUCACCAAGCACUUCUGGGAGCACAACUACAGGAAAUACGGUCACCGAGCACUGAAACUGGUCCCGGACAAGCCAGUGCCGACCGUGCUCAACCGCCACUACAAGCGCCUGAGGGACUUCAAGCGCAUCUUCGGCAAGGGUGAAGGGCACUGGCUGUACUAUGCACUGACGAAGCUCCAGUUGGUGGGCAGGGGAACCAUCCACACGUAUCUGCGCGAGCUUGUCAACGACAGGAUCGAGCACAUCUGGGUCAGGAAACGCUGGCAUCACGAUUGCCGGCUGUGGUCGUACCGCAACAAGAAGCUCUCCAAGCUGUUCGACGCAGCCGAAGACUGGUCGAGGGAGCUGGCGAAGCACUUCAAGCUAAUAAACGAGUCCGUCAUGGACAAGACCAAGUCGGUCAUGGACUACAACAACCGGGUCAUGGGCGCCAUGAUUGCCGGGGUCGCUGGCGUUGGACAGAUGCUGGAUAUGGCGACCUACACCAACAUGCUCCUCCAGCAGCUGGACGCGGACUUCAACAAGCUGAUCGCCGCCUACGAAGCCGUCCACCAGCACCUCCUCGUGGAGCUACAGCACAUCCAAAGCCUCGUUGUCGACUACGUCCAGCAGAAGCCAGAGGACAGGCAGACACUCUACGACCGAUACGGCAUCUAUUUCUAUGAGCAGAUCCGAGACACAUUCGAGGAUACCCUGGGGGAUGCACUCGGCCACCUUGACCGUCUGGCACAGCUCUUUAGCAACGCUGGCAGUCUUACGCCACAAAUCGAAGCCGACAUCAAAAGGGUACGCACCAGCCUGCAGAUCGACAAGAACCACUUCGCCCAGACCAAGGUCUACCUGCAGAGGGACUAUAUCCAACGCGUCGACGAAGGGUGGCGGGGUAGGUUCGCAACUGUGCCGUCGGGCCGCUACCAUCGGCGCACCAAGGCGAUGGAGAAGCUCGCGAUCCAGGAGAUGACGCAGUGCGAGGAGCCCGUCCAGAAAGUCAUCGAGAUGUUCGGCAGGAUCCUCAACAAGCAUACGGACUUGUUCAACACCGUGAACAAAAAUCAGGAAGACGCGCUGACUGCCAGCCUACAGAAGACGCUGCAGGCGAGCCGCGAGAGGCGUGUCAAGGCCGCCGGCUCCCCCGUGUGGGCCGCCCUCAACGAGGCCCUCGGCGUGCCCAAGGACAACGGCAUGAGAUUUGCCAAGCCGGUCUACCCGAAUCUUACGGAUCCAGUUGCGAUGAAUGUCGACACACCGCCUUGGACCCCUGCAGUGACAGCCGCCACGACACGGACCUCGACGCCCCAGCACCCCUUCGCCCGCACCGUCGCCUUCGGGGUCCCCAACAAGCCCGUCCCCAGCCCACCGGGCACGCCCCCGAGCGGCGCCGCCUCCAAGACCUUCACGCAGUACGCCGGCGCGUCGAGCCCCUUCCCGGUGCAGUGGCCGGGCGGCACCUCGGUCUUCGCCACCAACCCCUCGACCGCCCUGCCGCCGCCGCCGACCAGCGCGCCGCGCGUCGGCCUGGGGGGCGCGCCGGUCCCGCCGGGCUGGAAGCCCUUCGGGGACCCGUACAGCGUCACGGCCACCAUCUCCGAGGACCUCCAUGGCGCCGCCCUGGAUAUACCCCAUGUCGACCGGCUGUUUGGCGCCGAGGCGUUUAUGCGGGAGAGGGCGAGGAAUAUGGAGGCUGGGAGGGGGGCGGGAUCGUCGGGUGGGGCGGCGGGUACGGGGUCGGGGUCGGGGACGGGGGGAGGGUCGGCGGGGCCGGCUACGGGUGGGGGGUUUAAUCGUGCUUUUCCGAGUGGGACGGGGGACUUCUAGGUUUUGGUUUGGGUUUGGUUCUGUGUUAUUUGGUUCGUGUGGUUUGGGCUGCUGUGCGUUUUGGACGUGGCGAGGAGAUUGGUUGAGGGAAUGGGCUAUGUAGGGUUGCGACAUUUUGACUUUUGUCCUUGUUGUAUGUCAUGCUCGUUGGGUUUUGUAUUCGCAGAGUCGUGAAUUGAAG